AUGUCCUUGUCACAAUCUACCCCGUCCUCUCUCUCCUCUGCGGUCCUCCCCUCCCGCAUCCUCCUCUCCGCGCUCGGCCUCGCCACCGCCGCGGGAGGCUACCUCGCCGACUGGAACGAGACCCACGUCUUCAACCCGCGCUGGCCCGCCCACGCCAAAUUCCACAACGGCCAGACCAUGUCCACGGGCCUCGGCCUGGGUUUGCUCACGUGGUACUAUACCUGGCGGAGCACCAACAGUGGGACCCCAACGGGCCUGCUUGACAAUCUGCUCACCGCAACGCUGCUGAGCAGUCUGUACUGGGCCACGCAGCUGAGCGCGAUCCUCUACCCGGGCACGAAGUGGGUGGAUGAUGAGUUCAAGGAGAGUCAUGGCGAGCCGCAGAAGAGGGGGGCGCCCGUGUUGUUGGGGCUUAGUUGGGCGGCGUUUGGGGUCGGGUGGUAUAGGCUUAUGCAGUGA